CACAACCAUUGUGAGCAUGCUGGAGCCAAGGCCGAAGCCCCAGCCCGAGGAUGCUAGCAAGGCCAGCGAGGAGAAGGAUGAAGAGGAAGACGUUCUGUGAUGUACCUAUUUCAGGCUGAGGUGGUGCUCAGUCUGGCUGUGGCUGUCAAGGAGUUAGUGGAGAACUCCAUCGAUGCAGGGGCUACACUGGUGGAGAUUAAGAUGAAGGAUCAGGGACUGCAAGGCGUCGAGGUCAGUGAUAAUGGCAGCGGCGUGGUGGAGGCCAAUCUGGAGGCAAUGACUGCAAAGUAUCACACAUCGAAAAUAAGGGAAUUCGUUGACCUGCUGGGAGUGGAAACGUUUGGAUUUCGUGGGGAAGCACUCAGUUCCCUCUGCGCCCUGUCCGACAUGGCCAUUCAGACGCGCCACCAGUCCACCGAUGUUGGUCUCAAAGUGGAGCUCGACCACGAUGGCAAGAUCAAGAAGCGCUCGCCUUGUGCCCGCGCUGUAGGCACUACCCUUACCAAUCUGUUUAGUACCCUGCCCGUGCGUCGGCGCGACUUUACGCGCAACAUCAAGAAGGAGUUCGCCAAGAUGUGUCAGAUCCUGCAGGCCUACUGCCUGGUGACCAAAGGCGUGCGCAUCAUCUGCAGCAAUCAGACGCCCAAGGGCGCCAAGACGGUGGUUCUGCAAACACAUGGCGCCCAGGAUGUGCUGGCCAACAUAUCCGCGAUAUUUGGGGCACGCCAAGUGGCCGACAUUGUGCCGCUAAAGUCCCCUUUCGAAAAGGGCCAACUGAGCGAGGUCGGACUAUGGGCUGAGCUAGAGUCCUCCGCGGAUGCAGAUGACACGACUUGCACACAGUUCAGCGCCGAGGAUGUGGAGCGGCUGAACCAGGCCGACUUCCGACUGGAGGGCUAUAUAUCCAGCUGUCGCCAUGGGGAAGGCCGCUCCAGCAGAGAUCGCCAGUUCUUCUUUGUCAACGCCAGACCGUGCGAUCCCAAGAAUAUAGCCAAAGUCAUCAACGAGACCUACCAUCGCUACAACGUCCAGCAGCAGCCUUUCAUCUACCUCAACAUUAUCACGGCCCGCUCCGACGUGGACGUUAACCUAACCCCCGACAAGCGCCAACUGCUGCUCAACAACGAGAGGAUUCUGCUGCUGGCCCUGAAGAAGUCUCUGCUGGAGACCUUUGGGCAGACACCAUCCACAUUCCAAAUGCAGAACACAACCAUUGUGAGCAUGCUGGAGCCAAGGCCGAAGCCCCAGCCCGAGGAUGCUAGCAAGGCCAGCGAGGAGAAGGAUGAAGAGGAAGACGUUCUGUGAUGUACCUAUUUCAGGCUGAGAGUUGGCGCGUGUUGA